UUUCUUUUAUUACAGAUGCUAACAGUUGCUAAACUGAGAGAGAGCAAGGGAAACAAACCGUACUCGCAACCCCUUAAGGUGAAAGUGUGUGGAGUUGGUACUAUUCAAAGGUAUCAAACAGACAAUGGAGAAAAAAAGGAAUGUGCCACAGUUGGACUAGCUGAUUCAACAGAUGCCAUGAAGGGCACUGUAUAUGACACCACGAAACUCAAAUCCCUGAAUGCAGACAACACCGUGAUUCUGAUGAAUUACAUCUACAAGAAUGAAAAUGAACCAACAGUCAUUAUUACCAAAAACACAAAAGUCAUGAAAACAGGAGCCAUGGAGGUUCCACAUGCAACUAUGGAGAAAGGUGCGAGGAUUGCAAAUCCACCACCUGCUAUGACUCGACCCAUUAAGGACAUCAAGACAUUACCUGUGAAGUCCCUGGUCUCUGUCAAGGGCAGAAUUGUGUCUGAGGAUAUGACCAAAACCGUGAAGGUGAAGGGAGUAGAUGUCUGUGUAAAGAGUGUCUCUCUCAAAGACGACACUGACAGUAUUAAAGUUUCCCUGUGGAGGGACUUGAGUGACUCAUCCAUUGUUGGGAAAUACUUGUCAAUAACCAAUGUUGUUGUGACCAACUUCAAUGAAGAGAUCUCUGUUUCAACGACUUCUAAGAGUGUUCUUGAAGAAUGUGAGCCGCCAGUAGUAAAAGUUCAGGGAUCCGUCAUUGGAUUUCAUAAAGCAGAACUCCACAUCUCCCUCCUCAUGAAUGUAAAGGAUGACUACCUAACUUAUGAUGUACCUCUUGAAAUGAUGUCCAAAGCAUUAGAUUGCACUCUCGAAAACUUGGAGAGCGAGAUUGAAAAGAAACUUCCACUCCAGUGCUCUUUUGUAUUCUAAGACUCGACAAUGGAAAAGAUCAUCUCCGUCGGCAAAUCCAAAUAAAUGUGCUCUCUGUCCUGUCCAUAUAGAUCUUCCUUUCCAAAACCCUGUGAAGUUUCCUGACAUUUCUGUAUUCUUGCUUUUCAUUUGUAACUUGUACUGCAGUUAACAAGGAAGUUCAUUUGAUUAAAGGUUGGGGUGGAGGUAUUUACCAGACACAUAACUUUCUUCAAAACAGUUUCCAGCCGAAGAAUUGCUUUCAAGUGGAAUUCAUUUAGUUUUAUAAUGAAGUUGUUUACCCCAUUAUUCCCCUUGUAUUUUUAACUGUUUUUAUUUUACAACAGAUUUAUUAGUGAUUUUUAAACUUGAGUAGAAUUGGGAUUUUUCACUGAACAAUUCAAAAUGCAUGAUGUACAUGUAUAUAGACUGUUCACAUUACAACCUAACUUGUA